AUGGAGCAGGCCAAGGUUGCCUUUGGCAUCUUGGAUGCAUGGUGUCGCAAUGAUGCCAUUCCAAUGCAUGCUCGGCAGCUUGUUCGAGAUGAACUCUUUGAGCUCGUCUUUAGUGACCAGAUGACAUCGGACAAGGGCACCGUGGCCCGGGUGCCAUAUGCCGUGCAGGCCGCUGGCAAGGCGAGCCGCAAGGCCAACGAACUACAGCGGCAAACUGAGCGAAAUGGCAUGCUGGAAGCCGAGGCUCGUGCCAUCUACGAGCAGCUGGAGAAGGAGAAUGUGUAUGUCUAUGCAAUCUUGUUCGCCUGCUUCCCGUUUUGCUAUCGUGGCUCACAGUGCAACCGCCACAGAUCCUUGCGCGAGAUCGUCGUCUCUCGAGAUUCGGCGCUUCAGCAGGCUGCUGCCGACCGCGCUGAAAUGGAGGCCAAGGUUAAAUGCUCUGCAAUCCGCGCAAGGAAAAUCAAGAUUUGGCUGGCUCUGCUUGCUCAUCACGGAUCAACUCUUUGCCCGAUGCGUCUCUGGGAUCAGAUAGCCCACCUCGCCGACCAGGCCGCGAUUCACGGUCGCUCCAGCCAAGUCCUCAUUGCAGGCCAACAGAUACCACAUACCCCAACCGCUGAUCCUCGCCGGGCGCUAACCAAGCGCAAUCUCGCGCGUUACAUACAGAAGAACACUGCGCUUUUGGACGAUUCAUGUCUGCAAUUGAAGCAGCAGCGCGAUGUGUCCAUAGCUGCCUACGUCUCAGCGUUGAGGCAACCGCAUCGCCGACCUGGAUUUGAUAAAGAGCAAGCUGCCCUGCGGUCGGAACUCGAUCAUUUGCGCAACAAGCUCCAGCAACUCUCAACAAGCAGCAGACAAUAUGAGCGUCUUGCUACGCAGGAGGCUCAAAAGAACGCCGACCAGCGCAUUGUGAGCCAGUUCUAUCCAACCUCUGUGAAACCCGUAGCGCCGCUGGCCACACAUGGUCGCAUCCCACCCGAGAUGGCAGACAAUGGUUGGAUGAUGCGGCUGCAAACGCGGACGCUACCCGAGCGAGCGCCGAAUGCAAACUGUCUUGGCCCAGCCGAUGUCGAGUUUCUGGCUCGUAAUUUCAUAGAGCUGCAGGUGGCCAUUGUUGAUGAAGCUCGACUUUCACCAAAGGUGCUGUCCUGCUGGCCCAUUUUCGACCGCUGGCUCCCUCCUGCGCGGCCCACCAGCCAAGCCUACUUUUCAUUUAUCGACGACCUGCUGGGUCACGCCGACGCAGCAGCCAUUGUGCUAAAUGACAGCUUGCAAGGCAUCCUAAAUCUGACCGAGACAACUGCUGAAGUCGGCUUCUUGCGCGCUGUUGUCCAAGGCCACCGUGGCUUUUGCUCAAUGCUCUUUGCCGAAAUGGAAACCAAGGCUGAAGAGUUGGACGAGCUCUUACUCGAAUACACGAGCUUUUGCGGCAGUGCCUCCACUGAGCAAUCCAUCUGUUGCUAUUUGUAUAAACUUGCGACCAAUUACAAGAGCUGCAUGCACCGCUCGCUGAUGGCACGUUUGGACCCAGACGUGGCUGUCACUCGUGAGAUGUGUCGCAGCAUUUUGCAAGAGCACUGCGCCGAAGCUAGCCUACCGUUCUUGGAUUAUCUGCUGGAGCGCACGCAUAAAGACUUGGCAUUUCGGGAAAUAUCACGUGAUAUUGCCGUGGAUGUACUCUCUGCGGCAUUCCUGGUCCAUCGGCGAGAUGUACUGCAGGAGGAAUUGCGCGAAUACAUGGCGGGCAUUCCGCCCCAUCAAAGACUUAUCAACAAGCGGCAGCGCAUCACUAUGGUGACAAAGCACGCCCUGUGCUCAUGUGCAUAUUCGGAUAAUGUCAGAUUGAAGCAGAGGUGGCCAGCCGUGCUCUUUUGGCACAAGGAUCAACCCGAUAGCUUUGAUGACAUUGUA